AUGCUACAUAAUGAAGACAUCUUCUCUGAUCCUGACACAUUUAAGCCAGAGAGAUUUCUCAGUGCAGACGGCUCGCUGUGUAGCAACGUGCCAUAUCCCAUCAAGGUAUUUGGCUUUGGUCGGCAGAUUUGCCCUGGCCGCCACUUUGCACAUGACAUCGUCUGGCUUAUCAUUGCGCAAGGUCUUGCUGCCUUCAAGAUUGAGCACACCAUCAAUGUUAAUGGGAAGGAAAUUGAACCGAAAGGAGAAUUUACUCCUCGGCUUCUCAUUAUGCCAGAGCCCUUCAAGUGCCAAUUCACCCUGUGGUUCCCUGAGGUCAAGACCCUUAUUCAUUCGAGUGCUCAGUAG